GGGGCCGGCGCGGCGGCGCUGCCCUGAGGGACGCGCGUCUGUGCCGCGCUCCCGCCGCGUCCCGGGGCUGCCGCUGCCGCGGCGGCUCUCGGCCUGAGCGCUCAUCCUCGGCUUUACACCCUGGCAGCCGCCCUCUGCCACCCGAGCCCGGCCGGGAGAUGCACCUCCGCGCGGGAGAGAAGCCCAUGGAUCCCCUGCCCAACCCCGCGCCCCUGGCCUCGAAGCUGCGGAACACGCUGGUCCGGUAUCACAGCAUCGCAGACGGCGAGUGGCGGGUGGCGAGGAAAACCAAAGAUGCAACUGUGUGGCGUAAACCAUCAGAGGAAUUCAGUGGAUACCUCUACAAGGCUCAAGGAGUGGUGGAAGAUGUUACUAACAGAAUAGUGGAUCAUAUUCGCCCUGGACCUUACAGGCUAGACUGGGACAGCCUAAUGACUUCAAUGGACAUCAUGGAAACAUUUGAAGAGAACUGCUGUGUGAUGCGCUAUACAACUGCUGGCCAGCUCUGGAACAUUAUAGCACCAAGAGAGUUUGUUGAUUUCUCUUAUACUACAAGCUAUGAAGAUGGGCUUCUAACAUGUGGCAUAAGCCUGGACUAUGGAGACGUGAGACCAAACUUUGUCCGUGGAUUCAAUCACCCUUGUGGCUGGUUCUGUGUCCCUCUCAAGGACUCUCCUGGCCACAGUCUUUUGACAGGCUACAUCCAGACUGAACUGCGAGGGAUGCUACCACAGUCUGCAGUAGACACUGCCAUGUCUAGUACCCUGGCCAAUUUCUACUCUGACCUCAAAAAGGCACUCAAAACAUAGACAAACAGUGACCUAAAAGCCAGUGCAUUCCUUGCAAUCAGAUUGUGUUGUUUAGCUUAGCAUUAGUUAUGUACUAAAUUGAGGUAAUGCUCUUCCUGAUUGACACCCGAACCUUUGUGUUGAGGAUCCAAACAACUUUAGUAAGUGCUUUUUCAUGUGACAAUUGGCAUAUAAUCCCAGUGCAUAGUGCGAGAUGCUUUCUGCAGCUCAACACUCUGCAGCUUUGUGAGGAAUAGACUGAAUCUCUACUGAAUCUUUCCUCAGUAGAAAGCACAAAAUGUGUGUGUGGGCUUGAAAAUGCAGUCUGAACUCAGCUCUCUCCAGCAGUUUUGGGUGCUCAAGAUUUUGAUGCUGCAGGUUGCUGUACAGGCAGCAUCUCAUUGAAGGUGUAAUUUUGUAAUAUAUAUAUAUAUAUUUAUAUUUGCCUAAAUUUUUUUAAAGUGUGUUCAGCUGCAUCUGUAAUUUGUUUUUAAAAUUUACUUUGAUCAUGUGGAUAUUAUAUAGCUAAGCUGUUAAAUUAUACUAUUCAUAAGAAAGCUAUUUGUACUUGAGAGCAAAAAUAAGUGUUCAUUAUUGGCAUUUCUUCGAUGUUGUAACUGUAACUUAUUUACUGUUGUACAUAACAGUCUCAGUGUAUAAAGAAAUGCCCUUACAGCUGAUCCAAAGCUCAUUUAGGUCAUAAGAUGUCUUUCCACAGGUUUUUUUUUGUGGGCUUUUAAUCACGCAAUUGUCAAAAUACAAACCUCCAAUGGAUCUUCUGUGAUACCCUGUACUUCUGAGGAGUUAUUAACUUAAAUUUGCAUGUAAUAGUGUGUGUGGGGAUUUGAUUUGGUUGGGUUUUUGGCAGGUUUUCUUUCUGUGUAUAUUUUCUUAACUGCAAACCUUGUAAUUGCAAAAGCAACAGAAAGAGCCACUUGUUUGCUUCAGGGGUUGGUGUUGCUUUAGCCACAACUGGACAGAGUUGCCAAUAUGCAGUGGAGUGUUCUGUGGUACUGCCCCUAGAUUGAUCUUUGCAAUAAAUUAACACCUUGAAACAUGAACAAAUGAAGGCCAAAGCUCAACUACAGAAUUUCUGAGAUCUGCUGAAGGAUGCAGGGUUUAUUUUUAAGGUGCAAAUUUCAAGGAUUCUAGUGAUUCUGACAGAUACAUAGGAGAGCAUUUGAAAAAUAAUUCUUUCCCUGCUAGGAACAUAAAUUCUCACUAAAAUCUGAUGUUUAGCCUUUAAUACUUGUAUUUGUCAUUUGCUCAAGUGACAUUGUAAUUAUCCCCCAUGUUUUGCCAGUGCUCACAGUGGUAAGUUUAACUGUGUAGGGGUUUGGGAAGGUAUCUUGGAUCCCUGAUAUUGUGGAACCAAUUGUAUGCAUACAAUCCAGGGACAGGUAAGGGACUCCUAAGAAACCAAAAAUUCAGAUGAAAGUCCCCAGCAAUAUUUGCUUUAUGACACAGGUCACUGUAACUGAACUCUGAAUAGUGACAACUUUCCUUUUUUGUUGCUUAACCAGAGAGCUUAAAAAUAUGUAAUACCAAAUAUAGUGGGGGCUUCUUCAAGCUUCUUUGUGUUUUAAGGUAUUUAGUACUGUUUAAGGCUGUUAAAAACAAUGCAUCAAACAGGCUUUGGUGUCUUCAUGGUCAAAAAAUGUUAAUUCCUUGUUCGGUUGUUAGGUUUUAUGUAGUCUGCCUUUCCCUUUAAAUUCCUCAAUUAGUCUUCCCUUUUUGUCCUACCUUCCUUGUGUCUGCCAAAGUACUGCAAGCUCACAAGGUGAUCUUCUACUGCCAAGGACACCAAGGAAUUGCUGUCAGAAUCCUCUCCUUUCUAGUACUGGUACAGAGGCAAUUAUGAAAUCUCUGGCAGUGCUGCUUCGUGGGAUGAAUGAUGACAUGAUUGUAGAGGAAACUUUGAAGUGUAUCCUAUUUUUUCUUCCCAGUUACAAAGAUUACAUGUGCAGUGAAUCUGCAUAUUCAUGUCUUCUCUUUUUAGAGCUGCUUGGACUGACUGAUGGAGGGGUUGUGAUACAGAUGUACAUAGAGAAAAAUAUUGCCCAGUUUAAAUCUGCACAGAGGUACUUCAGUGCUGGGCAAAUGGGUCAGAAGAAGCACAAGACACUUACAGGAGGAUGUUUGUACAACACCAGGCACUGAAGAAGUAAUUGUUCCAAAUACCUAUUUUAGUAGCUCUGAUACAUACAGUAUCUAUCCAUAUUUAGUAUCCAGUGAAAUGGCUUUUUCUGCUUUCAGUAGAGACAAGUUUGUGAAGCACAGUGCAGCUGAAGAAAGAACUUGAGCUAAAAUAAGAAAAUUGCUAGUGUAUUUUUGUGUAUUUGUACUCAAAAAAAUUUCAGCUACAGACUUAAUACAGAACUAAAAAGAAGAUGUCCAAUUUCAAAUGUAUUUAUUUGAACCUGAAAUUUAUAUUAUUUUUAUAUAGCUAUAGAUGGAGAGGGAAGAAGAACUGUUCUUUAGCAAGAGUACAUCAGAACCAAGAAAGCCAAAAUAUCAGAGCCUCCCACUGUUGCAUGCUCCUCCUGAGUCAGUGGAAAAUCUAGGUGGAGCUAAGAGGGUUAAAACAGGAAAGCAGUGUCAAGGACAAAGUGCAGGAACCCAUGUUUUGCUUAUGCAGAAGAAAUGGGAGACAAAGUAAAUGCUUAGUACAGAUUCUAUCACUUAGGAAUAUAGUUAUCCAGAAGUGACUUCUGAACAAAUUGCCCAAGAAUAGCAGAGAUCUGGUUUUGCUAGACAAAUAGCAUGUAUAUAGACAUAUCAAAAUUAUUUUUAUAUGGCUAAUAAUUUUUAAACUUAAUUUUUUAGAGAUUUGGGCAAUGUGACACUUUAUGCUUUGGCACUUUAACUAGGUGCUUUGUAUGUGUGUGGGAAAGAUGACGAAGAUAAGACAAUUUUCAUGUUUGGGUUCUGUUCCUUGUCUAAAACUUCCAGCAUUAAACUUUACCUGGGAUGUGCAGAAGAUGCAGAGCUGGGAUUAAACUUAAUUUAGAGGCAGUCAAAGUACUCUACCAAAUCUGGCUGAGAGGUGGACUGGUACUUCAGAGAGCUAUUCUGUGCACAAGCCCUCAUCUCAAAUUUGCUGAAAUUAUAAAUGUGAAACAUGAUGAAUUUAUAAAACACAGAAUAUAUAAUUCCUCCAGUAAUCAUAAAUAGCCAGAACAGUUCUGAUGGUGUGGCCCUGGUUGUUUAACCUAGAAGGUUCACUGUUGAAAAAAUAGCACUGAUUCUAAAGAAAUCACUCAAGUUGUGCCUGUGAAAGUCAAAGUCUGUCUUAACAGUGGGUUUAACUUACUGUGUUCAGCAUUUAAGCGAUGGUAUUUGCAUUUUGAGUGCAACUGCAGAAUAAAUAAUGGAUUCCAACAG